CCCCAGAGACUGUAUUCAUUUAUAGUUGCUAGUCUCAUGAACAACAAGGGAACAACUUGUACAUACCUGUGGUUCCAGUGAUUUCUUUUACUAUGUUCUGGAAUAUAAUUCCAGUUUUCUUUACCGUCUUGUCAAAUAUGUGUCUUCAUAUUCCAAGCCAACAGUUGCAAGACAUUUCAUGAGAUAAGAAGGCAAGGUUUUGAAAACAUUUCGCCUUUUGUUUGAAGAAUUAAGUCCAAAAUGGGGACUGGGGCUUCUAAGAACCAUUCAGUGGAGGAACAAAGUUUGACAGACAAUAUGGAUAGAUCCACUGUGGUACAAAAUGAUUCGGCGUCCACCCUUGCUGACACUACUGCAAUUAGACCACAGAUUGAACAGCUGAAAUUGGAGGAUGAAGAAGUUUCAGAAGACAUUGAACAAAUACUGCAACCUUUUCAAACACAAAAUGAUGUUGAACAGGGCAAGUAUGGCAUACAAGAUGCUUUGGAAACAGAAGAUGUAUCACUGACCUUUGAAAGCUUUCAGCACAACAAUGGAACUCUCUAUACGUGCUUCAUUCAGAAUGGCAUCAGAAUGUACUUUGAUGAUGAACAGGAGAUGGUUCCAUUUCCUGAAGAACUUUACAGCCAAGGAAAUUUCAUUCACACCCAAAGUGAGCUAAACAAGAUGUGCGAUAAUAUUAAAGAUGAAUGUAAUGGCACUGCAAUCCACCUGAAAAAUGAUCAAACUAGUUAUUUUCAUAUACCUGGGAAAGGAAUGGUCAUGACUUAUAUAUUUGAGGAAAGAAUGAAUGUGUGCAAAUAUUAUGACAGUGAUUCUGGUGCUUGGCUUAUCUUGCCAUUACUUUGGGAAAUUAACUUGGACUUCGUCCUGCAUCGUGUGCAGCAAGUAAAGGAAGCCCAUCCUGCCAUCACUGAUUAUAAGGAAAUCCUGGCCGCUUUGAGACUGUGUAAUUAUGAUCCUGAUGAAGUCAUCUCAAUGUUUUAUGCUAUGUAUGGUGAUAGCCUUGGAAACACCAUAAACGAGCAGCAAAACUUUGAUCCAAUUAUUCUUCAAAGAGAUAUAACUAAAAAGGAAAAUCAGCUACAACAGCUAGCAAAGACCUUGCAAGAAAAAGAAAAUGUACUGGAAAAUUUGCACGCAAAGUGCCGAUAUCUAGAAGAAGAAAAUCAUCUUCUAGUUCAACGGACAGAAAGCUUGAAUGACAAAGUGGCAAAAUUACAAGAUGAACAUGAAAAAUACCUAAAAGAAAUAACUGAUAUCAAGAGCCAAAAUGUUCAAAAAACAAAUUCCAUGAAAAAUCAUUUACCUUUAAGAAAAGACCUACUGCCAAAAAUGUUAGGUGAAGUCCGUCAGCUUUAUGUGGCAAAUGACCAAUUAAGAGUCCUUACUACAGGUGGUCUGUCAGAGAUAAGACUACUUAUAGAGCGUCUGAAGAACACAGUAGUGAGCAUGCCUAGCUCCACCAAAGAAAUUGAAGAGGUCCGGGCUCUCUACCAAAGAGAGUCCUUAGAAAGAAAGUUACUGUACAAUCAGCUUCAAGAACUUAGAGGAAACAUUCGCGUAUUCUGCAGAUGCAGACUGGAUGAUGGAAAGGGAGGACACUUAGAAUUUCCAACAGAGGAAGACAUUUUUGUAAAUCAAAAUGGAAAUAAGAAAAGGUUCAGAUUUGAUCAGGUCUUUUUGCCACAAUGCACUCAGGAAGAUGUUUUUGAAGGAACUUUACCAAUUAUCAAGUCAUGCGUGGAUGGCUUCAAUAUUUGCAUAUUGGCUUAUGGUCAGACAGGCUCAGGAAAGACCUAUACUAUGAUGGGGAAUGAGCAAAAACCAGGAGUCAACAUCAGAUCCAUUAGAGCGCUCCUGCACCUAUGUCAAAAAAGGGACAAUAUUAAAUAUAUUACAAAGAUUUCAAUGCUUGAGAUCUACAAUGAAAACAUAUGUGAUCUCCUUUCACAAAAUGGCAACAAACAACUAGAGAUCAGAUCACAAGGGAAAGCAGUAACUGUCCCAGGUCUGACCGAAAUUGAAGUCUUCACAGAAGCUGACAUUAAAAACACAAUCUUAUUUGGAGAGAAGAACAGGACAGUGGCAUCAACUAAAAUGAAUACAGAAAGCUCACGCUCUCAUUUGAUGGUCAUCUUGAGAAUAAAUGGUAGGGAUAGCAUCUCAGGGGCUGUCUCUAGCUCUACACUCACACUGUGCGACCUCGCAGGAUCAGAACGCAUAUCAAAAACUGAAGCCACUGGUCAGCGCUUGGUGGAAGCUGCUGCAAUUAAUAAGUCUCUUACAGCAUUGGGACAGGUCUUUACGGCAUUAAAGACAAACUCCAUGCAUGUUCCCUAUAGAAAUUCCAAACUUACCCAUCUCCUGCAACCAUCUCUUAGCGGUCAAGCCAAGGCUUGUGUUUUUGUGAACAUCAGUUCUGAUAUAAAAGAUAUUGGAGAAACAAUUAGCUCUCUUCAGUUUGGUUCAUCCAUCCAGCAGAUAGCACUUGGCAAACCUACUCCACAUAUUUCGAACGUGAAGACUGGAAAAUGAUGAAACCUCAUCAAGGGAUGUUUACUACUUGCUAUAUUAUAUACUUGAAUUUUGAAAUCAAACCACAAAUGAUUACGUGUAGCUAAAUGAGCUACAUGUGAUGACUCCAAUAAAAUAAGCUUUAUGCAACAUCAUAAAACAUAUAUAAUUAGGUUUACCUUUUUAAAUGACCGAGUGAUCAGACAAAACCUAUAGUGACAAGA